AAAGUUAAAAAUGGAAAAAUAGAAAAACAGAGUUCUGGGGAUAAGAGGGAGUGAGGGAACUUCUAACAGUCUUACCGGGAAACGAAAGGGAAGUAAUGGCGGCAAUUCCCUCUCCUCUCUCUUGUAUUUGCAGAAGCUAUUCUCGUCAUUCAAUCUCACUUCCUUCUUCUGCUUCUCCUUUUCUUUCUUUACCAUCUCUUCAUUCCUAUUCUCACACAAGAGCCAUCGUCGCCUUUCCUUCUCUUCCUCCAAAGCUGAAAUCCUUGCAGAAGACGACGCCUAUUAUCAUUACAAGGGCAGUUUCUGAGGAAACCCUAAUUCCAGAAGAGGAGGGUGCAGCUCCGCCCGAGGAAAAUGCCACAGCUCCACCCGAGGAAAAUGCCACAGCUCUGCCUGAGGAACAGACCGUCUCCGUCCCCGUAUCCCCUUCCGACGUCCUAACCAUGUUCUUCAAGGUAGAAGGAACCAUGAAUGAAUCAGCAAUCCCUACAGUGAGCCGGGCUUUAGAGGAAACAGAUGGAGUCAGUGAUCUAAAAGUUCAGGUCCUCGAGGGUAUUGCAAGUGUUGAGUUAACAAAACAGACAACGGUACAAGCUACUGGGGUGGCAUCCAAUUUGAUUGAGAUCAUACAAGGAACGGGCUUCAAAUUGCAGACCCUGAAUCUGAGUUUUGAAGAUGAAGAGGAUACCAGCAACAAGUAGAUUUUGUGUAUGAUGAUACAUCGACCAAUUGCUGGAGUUGCAGUUUUAUCCGGGGACUAUGUAGUUAUUAACAUCUCAAACUCUUGCGGCCCGUUUCAUUUA